GCCGAGGCCAGUGGGCAGAGCCGCUGGCGGCGGAAGAGCGCGGCUGCGGGACGGGUCCGAGCGGAGAGGUGGCCAAUUGGGCCCCGCUGGGGACCGACAGAAUGGGCAGCAGCUCGCUGUCCGAGGACUACCGCCUGUGCCUGGAGCGUGAGCUGCGGCGUGGCCGCGCGGGCGUGUGCGGGGACCCAUCGCUGCGCGCGGUGCUGUGGCAGAUCCUGGUGGAAGACUUCGACUUGCACGGGGCGCUGCAGGACGACGCGCUGGCGCUGCUCACCGACGGCCUGUGGGGCCGCGCCGACCUGGCCCCCGCGCUGCGCGGCCUGGCCCGCGCCUUCGAGCUGCUGGAGCUGGCGGCUGUGCACCUGUACCUGCUGCCCUGGAGGAAGGAGUUCUCCACCAUCAAGACCUUUUCAGGGGGCUAUGUGCACGUGCUGAAGGGCGCCCUCUCGGAGGACCUCCUCCUCCAGAGCUUCCAGAAGAUGGGUUACGUGCCCAGGGACAACCACCGCCUCAUGAUGGCUGCCCCACCACCCGCCUGCCAACUGGUGCAAGUGGCCCUGGGCUGCUUCGCCCUCCGGCUGGAGUGUGAGAUCCUGGGCGAGGUGCUGGCGCAGCUGGGCACCAGCGUGCUGCCAGCCGAGGAGCUGCUGCAGGCUCGGCGGGCCAGCGCAGACGUGGCCUCCUGCGUGGCCUGGCUGCAGCAGCGGCUGGCCCGGGAAGAGGAGCCGCCGCCUCUGCCCCCCCGGGGCUCCCCAACAGUCUACCAGACCCCGCUGGACCUCUACCGGGACCUGCAGGAGGACGAAGGCUCAGAGGAGGCCAGCCUGUACGGUGGGCCCUCGCCGGGCCCCGACUCCCCGCCCCCAGAGCUGGCCUGCCGACCGCUGCUCUGGGAACAGAGCGCCAAACUGUGGGGGGCCAGGGGUGCGGCCUGGGAGCCCCUAGAGGAGGCUGAGGUGCUGCCCCAGGCCAGCAGCCCACCCUAUGGGGCCCUGGAGGAGGAGCGGGAGCGCGAGCCCGCGGCCUUCUCCUUCCUGACCCUGCGGAGAGAGCUGCUGAGUCAGCCUGGAGACUCGGCUGCCCCCAGAGCCCCAGGGAGCCCCGGGCAGGCCAGCCCCCAGACCCCCGGCUACCAGGCACACAGCUGCCUAGCUCCUGGGGCCCUGCCCGCCCUCUGCUGUGAUACCUGUCACCAGCUGCACGCGCCCCACUGUGCCGCCCUGCCCACCUGCCGAGCUGGCCACGCGCUUCGCCCGCUGCUCAGCGAGGGCCAGCGGCGCCUGUGGCUGCAGCGUGCACAGCUGGACACCCUGCUCUAUGACGGACCCGGGGCCCAGCCUUAGGCCCAGCCAGGCCCUGGGUCAGGGCCUUCCCGAGGCCGUUUCUGUGGUGCUUCUCUGGGCCUCAGCACUCCUCGGGCCUAAGCCCCCAGCCACUCUGCGCCCGGGGGACUCCUGGGUACAGCGAGGUGGGGCAUCGGGCUUCACAAGGCAGGAGGUGGGGUCCUUCCUUCCAUGGGAGGCUCCUGCAUUGGCCUGGCCGCCUCCCUACCCCCCGCACCCAGCAUCCAGGCCCGUGUCCAAACGUGCUGGGUGGAGGAGUCUCACCACCAAGCCUAUGCCCAACGAAGGGUCCUCUCCCUUCGCUUUCGCUCCUUGCCCCAUCGCAUUGUAGGGCCCACCACUCAGGCCGUGGACCUGAGCCCUACAGUUGUCCUUCAGAACACUGCUUCCCUCCAAGUGUCCAGGGGAGAGUCUCUUCACAGGGGUGUCCCUGGGGGCCACUGAGCAGCACCGUGACUAGUCUGGGGGCUCUGCCAGGUACAUGGCUGACCUAGCCCCUUGCCUAGAGGAGUCAUAAGCCAGCGCUGAAUGAGCUGAGGGCUGGCUCGAGACCAGCUGGGCCGGGAAGUGUGGUCCCCAGGUGGAGAAGAAAGGACCUGAUCUCAGAGCAGAGUGAGGAGGCUCCCCAGACGCCCAGAGCAUAGGCGGCAGGAGGAAGGACACAGGCAGCUAGUGGGGCCUGGAUAGGCUGUGUCACUCCCCUCGUGGGUAGAGUGUGGGGCUUCUGAGCAGUCAGCACCCCACGAGCCACCCUGCUAUUGGCUUUCUGCUGCAUGGGCUCUGGAAGGCAGGGCGGGAGGCCGUGCAGGCUUCGCACCUGAGAAUGCUCCCUGAGUCCAGUGGUAAGGGUGUGGCCGAGCUCUUGAGCAGCCGCCUGCUAAGGCAGACUCUCAAGGCCAAGGCAGGCAG